AUGCUGAUCAAAGAAUACCAUAUACUGCUGCCCAUGAGCCUGACCGAAUACCAGGUGGCCCAACUUUACAUGAUCCAGAAGAAAAGCCGUGAGGAAUCCAGUGGUGAAGGCAGUGGGGUUGAAAUCCUGUCCAACCGACCUUAUGAUGAUGGUCCAGGAGGAAGUGGUCAAUAUACACAUAAGAUCUACCAUGUGGGCUCUCAUAUUCCUAGCUGGUUUCGUGCCCUCCUACCUAAGGCUGCUCUUCAGGUGGAGGAAGAAUCUUGGAAUGCCUACCCUUACACACGGACUAGAUACACAUGCCCCUUUGUGGAGAAAUUUUCAAUUGAGAUUGAGACUUACUACCGACCAGAUGCUGGAAAGCAAACCAAUAUCUUCAAUUUAAAUGUUACAGAGCGCAGGCAAAGGAUUGUGGAUACUAUUGAUAUUGUACGGGAUCCCAUCUCACCCAGUGAGUACAAGAUAGAGGAAGAUCCACGACUGUAUCAUUCGUUGAAAACGGGACGUGGACCUCUAGGAGAUGAUUGGCUAGAUAGUGGAAAUUCUGGGCCUUUUAUGUGUGCUUACAAGCUUUGCAAGGUGGAGUUUCGCUAUUGGGGCAUGCAGUCUAAGAUUGAACAAUUCAUCCAUGAUGUAGGUCUACGGAAAGUGAUGCUGCGAGCUCAUCGGCAGGCCUGGUGUUGGCAGGACGAAUGGAUAGACCUCACAAUGGAUGACAUUCGAAGGUUGGAGGAGGAAACAGCUCGUAUGCUGGCUCAGAAGAUGGCUACGUGCGUAGAACCUGAAUUAGGUCCUGGUGUGCCCAGCCCUGAAUGCCCAGCUGAGUUAAGUGGCCAUGAGACACAGGACAGAGUUGAUAGCCUGAGGGCUCCCGAUUCCUCUCCAGAUGACCCAUUUGCAAAGCAGUGGUCAACUUCUUCUCGGUCCUCCUACUCUUCUCAACAUGCUGUUGCAGUGUCUCCCCACAGCUUAUCAGAAUGGCGGAUGCAAAAUAUUGCCCGGGACUCUGAGAACAGUUCCGAAGAGGAAUUCUUCGAUGCUCACGAGGAUUUCUCUGACAAUGACGAUGUGUUUGCAAAGGAAAUCACUAAGUGGAAUUCAAAUGAUUUCCUUGAUACUCUGGAGCGACCCAAUGAACGGGAUGAUGUUCUAGUUGAUGCGACUGGAGUAACCAAGUCAGAUAGUGACGGUGUCCCUGUGCCUGGCCCACCAGAGGUUGGCUCAGAAGGGCUCUCUGGGUCGUGCCGCAUUCACGCCCUUUUCCUGAUCCUCCACAGUGGCAACAUCCUAGACCAGGGUGUAGGAGAACCAGGCUCCAAACAGGCUGAUGUGCAUACGUUCACUGCUACCUUGGACUCCGUCACCCGACUGCACUUUCCUGAAGCACUGGGGCACAUAGCAUUACGCCUAGUGCCCUGUCCACCAAUCUGCGCUGCUGCCUAUGCCCUGGUCUCCAAACUCAGUCCCUACAGCCACGAUGGCGACAGUCUGUCCAGUAGCCAAGAUCACAUCCCACUGGCUGCUUUGCCUCUGCUUGCAACCUCUUCGGGCAGUUAUCAGAGUGCCGUGGCAACCGUCAUUUCCCGCACCAACCAGGCCUAUGCCAGUUUCAUCCAUUCCCCUGACGGCACAGGCUUCUGUGGCCAGGUGUUGCUGAUUGGAGACUGUGUCGGGGGUAUCCUGGCCUUUGAUGCCCUUUGCCAUAGUCGUGCUGGUGGGUCAGGCAGUCACGGGAGCAGCCGUCGUGGCAGCAUGAAUGCUGAACUCCUGUCUCCAGAGACCCUGCAAUCUAGCCUGCCUGGCUCAGAAACAGAAGGAGACCCUCGACGUAGCAGUAACUCGUCAUCUUCGUUGGUGGAGACUUUUGAAGGCCCUAGCAUGGUUGGGAAGCUGGAGUUUAAAGUGUCUGGUUUUUUCUUAUUUGGCUCCCCUCUGGGAUUGGUACUUGCACUUCGUAAAACAGUAAUGCCCGCCUUGGAUGUGGCUCAAAUGCGGCCGUCCUGCGAACAGGUCUAUAACUUGUUUCAUGCUGCUGACCCCUGUGCUUCCCGCCUGGAACCUCUGCUAGCUCAACAGUUUCAUGCUGUGCCUCCUUUUGGGGUCCCCCGCUAUCAGAAAUACCCCCUGGGAGAUGGCUCCUCCACUUUUUUAGCCGACGCCUUGCAGAGUCAUUCUUCCCUCUUUGUGAGUGAGCUAGACCUUGUGACUCCACCCACUCCAACAGGUGCAUUUGGAGGCUUCUGGAAAGGAAAUGAGGGAACGGCGAGUGACAACACUGCAAGCAGCACCAAUGAAGUUGUCAAAAUUCUGGAUCGUUGGUGGGGCUCUAAACGCAUCGACUACUCUCUCUACUGCCCUGAGGCACUCACGGCCUUUCCCACCAUCACCCUGCCUCACCUUUUCCACGCCAGCUAUUGGGAAAGUGCUGAUGUGGCUGCCUUCAUCUUACGCCAGGUGAUUGAGACAGAGCAGCACCAAGUGACUGAAAACGAGGAGAGUUCGAUCUACAGUCCAGCAUUUCCCCGUGAAAAGUGGCAGCGCAAACGGACGCAAGUGAAGAUCCGGAAUGUUACAGCGAACCAUCGUGCCAGUGAUGUGAUUGUGUGCGAGGGACGACCCCAAGCCCUUAGCGGGCGCUUCAUGUACGGUCCACUUGAUGUGGUAACUCUCACUGGAGAGAAGGUGGAUAUCUACAUAAUGCCACAGCCAUUGUCAGGGAAAUGGGUACAUUAUGGCACAGAAGUGACAAGUGGUAGCGGGAGGCUUUCUUACACCCUUCCUGAAGAGAAGAUCCUGGGCAUUGGCAUGUACCCUAUCCGUAUGGUGGUGAGAGGGGAUCACACCUAUGCUGAAUGCUUUCUGACAGUGGUAGCUAAGGGCACACCUUGUGUCGUCUUUAGUAUUGAUGGCUCCUUCACAGCUAGUGUCUCCAUUAUGGGCAGUGACCCCAAGGUGCGUGCAGGUGCUGUUGAUGUGGUAAGACAUUGGCAAGAUUCUGGUUUCAUGAUCAUCUACGUGACAGGGCGUCCAGACAUGCAGAAGCACAGAGUGGUGGCUUGGCUUACUCAGCAUAAUUUCCCACAUGGCAUUGUCUCUUUCUGUGAUGGCCUCACCCAUGACCCUCUUCGGCAGAAAGCUGCCUUUCUACAGGGCCUUCAGCAAGAGGCAGAGGUUACUAUUGUAGCUGCCUACGGUUCCACCAAGGACAUCUCAGUCUAUAGCUCUUUAGGGCUCCCUUCAUCCCAAAUUUACAUCGUGGGCCGGGCUGUGAAGAAAUUGCAAAGCCAGUGCCAGUUCCUUUCAGACGGCUACGUUGCCCAUCUAGCCCAGCUGGAAGCAGCAUCCCUCGCCCACUCGCCGAAGGGAACCACAAGGCCCACCUUGGGCAAAGGCAGUUAUGGCUGCCCUGCUCCUGUUGACUUUCUGCGCAAGCAGAGCCAGCUGUUGCGUUCCCGGGGACAGAGCCAGGUGGAACGAGAGGGAACAGGAAGCACCCAGCCCCGAGCCAAAAUCCGGAGUGUCAGUCUGAAGCUGGAGAGUGAGGAGUAA